GAGGGGCAUGGCUCUACGCUGCGGGCUUGCGGCGGGCAGCCUGGGCUCCUGGGUAUUUGGAAGAUAUUUAUGCAGCCCGGUUAGAGCAUUAAGUUCUUUGCCGGAUAAAAAAAAGGAAUUUUUACAGACUGGACCAGACCUUCAAGAUUUUGUAUCUGGUGAUCUUGCAGACAAGAGCACCUGGGAUGAAUAUAAAGGAAAUUUAAAGCGUCAGAAAGGAGAAAGGUUAAGACUGCCUCCAUGGUUAAAGACAGAGAUACCCAUGGGUAAAAAUUAUAAUAAACUGAAAACUACAUUGCGAAAUUUAAAUCUCCACACAGUCUGUGAGGAAGCCCGAUGUCCCAACAUCGGGGAGUGUUGGGGAGGUGGAGAGUAUGCCACAGCCACAGCCACAAUCAUGUUGAUGGGGGACACCUGUACAAGAGGUUGCAGAUUUUGUUCCGUUAAGACUGCAAGAAAUCCCCCUCUGUUGGAUGCCAAUGAGCCCUACAAUACAGCCAAAGCAAUUGCAGAGUGGGGUCUGGAUUAUGUUGUCCUGACUUCGGUGGAUCGAGAUGAUGUGCCUGAUGGGGGAGCUGAGCACAUUGCCAAGACUGUGUCAUGCUUGAAGGAAAGGAAUCCAAAAAUCCUUGUGGAAUGCCUCACCCCUGACUUCCGAGGAGAUCUGAGAGCAGUAGAAAAGGUUGCUCUGUCAGGAUUAGAUGUGUAUGCACAUAAUGUAGAAACGGUUCCAGAAUUACAGAGGAAAGUUCGUGAUCCUCGGGCCAACUUUGACCAAUCUCUUCGUGUAUUGAAACAUGUCAAGAAAGUUCAGCCUGAUAUGGUUACUAAAACAUCAAUAAUGCUUGGCCUGGGUGAAACAGAUGAGCAAGUGCACGCAACAAUGAAAGUGCUCCGUGCAGCUGAUGUGGACUGUUUAACUCUAGGACAGUAUAUGCAGCCAACAAAACGCCACCUUAAGGUUGAAGAAUAUGUUACUCCUGAGAAGUUCAAAUACUGGGAAAAAGUAGGAAAUGAGCUUGGAUUUCAUUAUACUGCAAGUGGCCCUUUGGUUCGUUCUUCGUAUAAAGCAGGUGAAUUUUUCCUGAAAAGUCUAGUGGCUAAAAGAAAAACAAAAGCUUCUGAAACUUAGCCAACACCUUCAGGAUCACAGGAAGUUUAAGAUUUUGCUUCUAGUUGGUAUCAGGUUGGUGCCAGACUUUCAGGUUCCUGUGCAUGAGCAGUGCUGUUGUGUCUGAAAUAUCUGAUGUCUGAUCCGUCAUAUAGCUGUAAUUCCACUCAGAUCAUCCUGAACUACCUGAGAAAGACCCUAUCUCUACUUAAAAAAUAUAGAAGAAGAGGAGAAAAGAAAAAAGCCUGUAAGCUAUACAUACUUAAUUUAACUUCUUGCCACUUUGUCCUUGUCAUUGUGAUGAUGUAAUCCUAGAAUAUCUUUGAACAGUUUGCUAUUACCG